AUGGAGUCGCUCCUGUCGCUCGCCUUCGACAACCUGUCGUCUUUUGAUGGCGGUAAGAUCAAGAAAGGCCUGAAACAAGUCGAGGGUCUUCUCGCGCAGAUCUGCCUCUCCGGCCCAAGCAGCCCAAGGAAACAUACCACCGACCACGGCCGAGACCGAGAACAACCGUCGCGCAAGGUGCUCGCCGAUCUCUCGGGCGACCCGGCCUUCCGCGAGUUCUUCAAACUACAGGAGGGAUUCGAAUGGAACGUCGCCCAGCGCCUGCUCACAACCCUCGACUGGCUGGUCGUUCGCGGCGGCGACGGCCAGUACGACCUCCUCAUCGUCAAUGCGCUGGACCUCAUACAAGGCGCACUCCUACUCCACCCAGCGAGCAAAGCCCUCUUCUCGCGGAGCGUACACAUGAAUCUCCUCCUGGACCUCCUCGAACCGAUCAACUGCCCCGCCAUCCAAUCGGCCACCAUCAUCACGCUCGUGGUGGCCCUCCUCGACAUGCCGCAGAACACGCGCGUGUUCGAGCAGCUCGACGGCCUGCUGACCGUCACGUCGCUCUUCAAGAGCCGCGAGACGGGCCGCGAGGUCAAGUUCCGCCUGACCGAGUUCCUCUACUUCUACCUCACCCCCGAGACCCCCUCCAUCCCGCGCGCCGACGCCCGCCUGAGCGCCGCCGCCCCCGGGCUGCUGCAGCGCAGCCCUAGUAAGCUGGCCAAGGUGUUUGGUGCGAGUGGUGGGGCGGGGGAGAGGGACGGGAGGCAGGAGGGGGAGGAUGAUGGGACGACGCUGUCGGUGGAGGAGAAGAAGUUGUUUGUGGAUCGCUAUUCUGCCGGGUGUGGUGGAAUGAGCUGUUGA